AUGGCUUUCUCCUGCUCCUGCCCUAGUCGCUGCCUGUGCUUCAGGACUACAGUGAGAUGCAUGCAUCUGAUGUUGGAAGCCAUCCCCGAUAUCCCACCCCAGACAAACAUACUAGAUUUGCGCUUCAACCACAUCAAGGAGAUACAACCCGGAGCCUUCAGAAGACUGAAGAACCUCAACACGCUGCUGCUGAACAAUAACCAGAUAAAACAAAUUGCGAGAAGAUCCUUCGAAGAUCUGGAGAACCUGAAAUACCUCUACCUUUAUAAAAACGAAAUUCAGAGCAUCCAGCAACAUGCCUUCAACGGGCUCCGGUCUCUGGAACAGCUCUACCUGCAUUUCAACAACCUGGAAAGUCUGGAGCCGGAGACUUUUAGCGACCUGCCUAAACUUGAAAGGCUAUUCUUACACAACAACAAGAUUUCCAGGAUUCAUCCAGGGACAUUCUCUCAACUGGAAUCCCUCAAACGGCUGCGGCUGGACUCCAACGCCUUGCUUUGCGACUGCGACUUGCUGUGGCUGGCUGAGCUGCUGAAGACGUACGCGGAGCAGGGCAGUAUCCAGACAGCCGCCACCUGCGAGGCUCCUCGGGAGCUGCACGGGCGCUCCAUCGUCACCUUGACCGCCCAGGAGUUUAACUGCGAGAGGCCUCGCAUAACCUCAGAACCCCACGAUGUCGACGUCCUCUUGGGAAACACAGUUUAUUUCACCUGCAGGGCAGAAGGCAACCCGAAGCCUGCGAUUAUUUGGCUGCAUAACAAUAACGAGAUUGACAUGAAAGACGACAACCGCCUGAACCUGUUGCAAGACGGUACCUUGAUGAUCCAGAAUACCAAGGAGUCGGACAAAGGCGUCUACCAGUGCAUGGCCAAGAACAUAGCUGGGGAGGUCAAGACACAAGAAGUUGUGCUGCGCUAUUUUGGCACCCCGUCCAAGCCCACUUUUGUGAUCCAGCCGCAGAACACUGAAGUGCUGAUUGGGGAAAGCGUCACCUUGGAGUGUGGGGUCUCUGGGCACCCCCACCCUCGCAUCAGCUGGACCCUGGGCACAGGCUCUCCUUUACCGCAGGAUUCCCGUUUUGCUAUCACCAGCUCUGGAGGACUCUUCAUUCAGAACGUCACCUUCUCGGACCAGGGGCAGUACAACUGCAAUGCCAGCAACACCGAGGGAUCCAUCCAGGCGACAGCAAGGAUCAUAGUGCAAGAUUCUCCCAGGUUUCUUCUCGUUCCCACUGAUCAGACAGUAACUGAAGGACAAAGCGUGGAUUUCCCCUGCUCUGCUGAGGGUCACCCUCCACCCGUGAUUGCCUGGACGAGGGCAGGUGGGCCGCUGCCGAGUGACCGGAGGCACAGCAUCCUCUCCACGGGCACCCUGCGGGUGAUGAGGGUGGCUUUGCACGACCAAGGCCAGUACGAAUGCCACGCCAUCAGUGCCAUCGGAGUGAGGACCCUCCCGGUACAGCUGUCGGUGACCCCCCGAGUGAUUCCCGUGUUCCUUCAUCCCCCUCAAGACGUGGUGGCAGAGACAGGCCAGGACGUUGCCAUUACUUGCGCCGCCCAAGGAGAUCCACGGCCCACCAUAACCUGGGUCAAAGAGGGUAUCCAGAUCACAGAGAGCGGCAAGUUCCACAUCAGCCAAGAUGGGACCCUUUCCAUCCAAGACCUCGGCGUGGCUGACCAGGGCAGAUACGAGUGCAUAGCAAGAAACCCCUUUGGCUUCACCUCCAGCGCUAUGCAGCUCACCAUCACUGCCACGGAUGUCGGUCGGAGCGGCGACACGUUUGUAGCCACAUCGAUACGGGAAGCCAUCAGCAGCGUGGACCACGCCAUCAAUUCCACACGCACUGAGCUGUUCAGCAAGCGCCCCAAGACGCCCAAUGACUUGCUGGCUCUCUUCCGUUACCCCCGGGACCCCUACACCAUCGAAACAGCCAGGGCAGGUGAGAUCUUUGAAAGGACCUUGCAGCUGAUUCAGGAACACGUGCAACAAGGUCUAAUCGUGGAUAUGAAUGUCACAGGCUAUCGGUACAAUGACUUGGUGUCCCCUCACUACCUGAACAUGAUUGCCAACCUCUCAGGCUGCUCUGCCCACCGCCGCACGCCAAACUGCUCGGAUCUCUGCUUCCACAAGAAGUACAGGACCCACGACGGCUCUUGCAACAACCUCCAGCACCCAAUGUGGGGUGCAUCUCUCACGGCCUUCCAGAGGCUCCUCAAACCCGCCUACCAGAAUGGAUUUAACCUCCCCCGGGGGUUUUCCUUGGCAGAAGAUGCCAGGGACCUGCCCCUUCCUCUACCUCGCCUUGUCUCCACCACCAUGGUCGGAACGGAGACCAUCACCCCCGAUGACCAGUUCACGCACAUGCUUAUGCAGUGGGGCCAGUUUUUGGACCACGACAUGGACCAGACGGUGGCAGCCAUCAGCAUGUCCCGCUUCUCGGAUGGAGCACCCUGCAGCGAGGUGUGCAGCAACGACCCACCUUGCUUCUCCGUCAUGGUCCCCGCCAACGACCCCCGCGUGAGGAACGGGCGUUGCAUGUUCUUUGUCCGCUCGAGCCCUGUGUGCGGCAGCGGGAUGACCUCCCUGCUGAUGAACUCCGUCUACGCCAGGGAGCAGAUCAACCACUUGACCUCUUACAUCGACGCCUCCAAUGUUUACGGCAGCACAGAGCAGGAAUCGCGGGAGCUGCGGGAUCUGGGCAGCCGAAAGGGGCUGCUGAAGCAAGGGCAAGUGGUGCGCAGCUCGGGGAAGCAUCUCCUUCCCUUUGCUGUGGGGCCACCCACUGAAUGCAUGAGAGAUGAGAACGAGAGCCCCGUGCCGUGCUUCCUGGCAGGAGACCACCGUGCCAAUGAGCAGCUGGGUCUCACGGCCAUGCACACGCUUUGGUUCAGGGAGCACAACCGCGUUGCCACGGAGCUGUCGGCCCUCAAUCCCCACUGGGAUGGAGACCUCCUGUAUCACGAGGCACGGAAGAUUGUGGGCGCCCAGAUGCAGCAUAUCACCUAUGCCCAGUGGCUCCCCAAGGUCCUUGGGGAAGCUGGGAUGAAGAUGCUUGGUGAGUACAAAGGCUACAACCCCAACGUCAAUGCGGGGAUUCUCAACGCCUUUGCCACUGCCGCCUUCCGCUUUGGGCACACCUUGAUCAACCCCGUCUUGUACCGGCUGAACGAAACCUUCCAGCCCAUCCGCCAAGGCCACAUCCCCCUGCACAAGGCCUUCUUCUCCCCUUUCAGGAUCACACAGGAGGGUGGGAUUGACCCCCUCCUCCGUGGGCUGUUUGGGGUUCCUGGGAAAAUGCGGGUUCCCUCCGAACUCCUCAACAUGGAGCUGACAGAGAAACUCUUCUCCAUGGCACACUCUGUCUCACUGGACUUGGCCGCUAUCAACAUCCAGAGGGGGCGAGACCAUGGCAUUCCACCUUACAAUGACUUCAGGGUCUUCUGCAACCUCUCGUCUGCACAGGAGUUUGAGGACCUCAGAAAUGAGAUAAAGAACUUGGAGAUCAGAGAAAAGCUCAGGAGUUUAUAUGGAACUACCAAAAAUAUUGACCUAUUCCCAGCACUGAUGGUGGAGGAUCUUGUCCCUGGUACCAGAGUUGGACCGACACUGAUGUGCCUGUUAACGACACAGUUCAGAAGGCUGAGGGAUGGAGACAGAUUUUGGUAUGAGAAUCCUGGAGUCUUCACGCCAGCGCAGCUGACUCAGAUCAGACAGACGUCCCUUGCUCGUGUCAUCUGUGACAACAGCGACCACAUCCAGCAGCUCCAGAGGGACGUCUUCCAGGUGGCAUCGUACCCGCAGGGCAUGGUCGGCUGCGAAGAGAUCGCCGCGGUGGACCUCCGCUUGUGGCAGGACUGUUGUGAGGGUGAGGCAGGCGGCUGCUCUAGCAUCCACCGGCGUGGG